UAUCCCCCUUCUCUCUCUCUCUCUCCUUGUUCUGACACUGCUUAUUCACUUCACUAAUCUCUGAAGAUUUCAUCUUUUUUUGCUUUUUACCCUUUUUUUAACAGUUUCCAUACCAUUCCUUUCUUAUUCUGUCAACUGGAUCAACCAUCAUCAUCAGCAGCAUCUCUGAAUUCUUCAAGAUUUCACCAAUUUUGAGUUUUUGACUUGUUUGCUUCUUCAGCCUACACCUCAAGUCCUCUUGGUCCCAAAAUUUCAAGGCUGUACAUCCUUUGUUGCUGAUUCAGGCAAACGUAUAAAGGCUUAAAUGUGCUUUGAUACUUGCAGCAUGUGGAAUCUAUGGUUGUGGUAUCAGUUCUUUUGGUCUAUAUGUGUGCUAAGAGUAGUUGCUCUAAAUGGGGAGAAAGAACGCUUGAAGUAACUUUUCUGGAAAGUGAAACAAGUUUCAACCCUGGAAUGAUUUGAUGGGGGCAUCAAACUCUAAACUAGAGGACGAUAAAUCCUUGCAGCUUUGUCGUGAACGGAAGAAGUUUGUAAGGCAAGCUCUUGAUGGACGGUGUAAUCUAGCAGCGACUCAUAUUGCUUAUAUUGAGUCUCUUAAAAUUACAGGAACUGUUUUAAGGAGAUUUGCUGAACCUGAGGCUCCAAUCGGAUCUUCAAUCUACACUUCAACUAGUGCAACCCCUGAGCUACGUGGAUUAACUGAAAAGUCUCUUUCCCAUUUUUCAUUCUCUUCUCGAUCCAUCUCACGUCAUGUAGAUGCAACUGAGAAUAUCCUACCAUCUCCUUCACCUCCAACCUCAAGUCGAUACCAUGCUAAUCACAUGAAAUUUAGAGGUACAUUUUCUAGGAAAGUUGAAGAAAAACCUUCUGUUCCAGUUACUGUUUCAGUUACUUCAGCUACACCUCAGAACUCCACGCCUCGUUCCACAGAGAGGCCUGAAGCAUCACCUUUUGAAUUCCCUCCUGAAACUUCACCAUUUGAAAUCCCUCCUUCCCCAUCUGAAACUUCACCUUGGGACUAUUUUGGUCUUGGCCAUGAUAUUGAUAAUCAUUUGACUUCACAAGAUGGAAGGGCUGAGAAUGGAAAUGACAAUAGACAUCAUGGAGAUGAGGAUAUAAUUUCUGCAUCAGAAGAUGAAGAAGAACAUUAUUCUUCACCUGGAAGGGAUGGGUCACAGGUCUCGGAUGAUGAAUUUGAUGAGCCUUCCGCAGAAACACUGGUCCGAAGUUUUCAAAAUGUCAAUAGAACAACUGAUCAUGCUAACAAUAGUGUCUCACCUGACAUAACCUCUGUGAGGAGUGGACUGUCAGAAGCCAAGUCUCUGAAUGGGGAGAAAAGCAAGUCACCUGAUUUGUCCCCACUAAGAGCUGCACCUUCAGGACCUGCUGAUGAUAAUGACAUAAAGACACCAGUAAAAGAAAAUGAUGUUGAGAAUAAGGUUGCACCCAAGGACUUCUUUUUUAGCAUAAAAGAUAUUGAAUAUCUCUUCAUAAAAGCAUCUGAAUCAGGAAGAGAAGUUCCGCGCAUGUUAGAAGCGAACAAAUUCCAUUUCCGUCCAAUUUUUCCAGGGAAAGAAAAUUUAUCUGUGGCAGCCGGGUCAAUGACCAGAAUAUUAAUGAAGUCUUGUUUCUCUUGCGGGGACGAUCCAAGCCAUAUUCCUGAAGAGCCUCCUCAAAAUUCUGUGAAGUACCUGACAUGGCAUCGUACCACAUCAUCUCAUGCUUCAUCCCCAAAUCGGCAUGGUGUAAACUCCACAGAUGGUAUUGAGGAUGUUUCCAACAAUCUCUUUGAUAACUUUUGUAUGGUCUCAGGAAGUCAUGCCUCUACGUUAGAUCGGCUUUUUGCAUGGGAGAAAAAGCUAUAUGACGAAGUCAAGGCUAGUGAGAUGAUCCGAAGUGAUUAUGAUGCUAAGCGUAAGUUUCUCCGACAACUAGAAUCUAAGGUAGAAACUCCUCAGAGGAUUGACAAGACGCGUGCUGUUGUGAAGGAUCUUCAUUCGAGAAUCGGAGUUGCAAUUCAUAGAAUUAAUUCCAUCUCCAGGAAAAUUGAAGAAAUAAGAGACAAGGAACUUCAGCCUCAAUUGGAGGAGUUGAUUGAGGGAUUGAGAAAGAUGUGGGAAGUUAUGUUCGACUGUCACAAGCUUCAGCUCCAUAUCAUAUCGAUAGCUCAUUCGCCUGGAAAUAUGAAGAUCCUUAUUCAAUCAGAUUCUCGUCGGCAGAUUGCAAUCCAUCUUGAACAUGAAUUGAGUUCUCUAUCAACAAGUUUUACAAAGUGGAUGGUCUCUCAGAAGGCAUACGUGGAAGCUAUAGAUAAGUGGCUUCACAAAUCCGUCUUCCUCCGCGAAAAAUCAUCCAGAAGAAAAAGAAAGCAGCAGCCUGUGCCACUCAGAAACCACGGCCCUCCUAUUUAUACCACCUGUUCUGUCUGGUUGGAGAUGUUCGAUUCCUUGCCUACUAAAGAGGUUUCAGACGCUAUAAAGGGGUUGGCUGCCGAAAUCUCUCACCUCCUACCCCGGCAAGAGAAGCACCAAGGGAAGGGUGGAAAUCAUCGUCAUGGAAUCGAUGGUGAUCCAGGUCUUAAGACCCCACUGAGAGAUGAUUCUCCUGAAGACUGGAUAGCCGGCUUCGAUCGUUUUCGUACAAGCUUGGCCUUUUUCCUGAGCCAGUUAAACAACUUCUCAGAGUCUUCUGUCAAGAUGUUUACUCAACUCCAAAAGGCCAUCCAAGAAGCCAAACAUGGUCAUGCGCUCCGCAUGAAUUCUCAAUCAUAAGAAGGUAUUCCGACCCUAUCUUGCUCAAACUCUUCAAAAGUAGUGUUUUUUUAGAAGUAUUCAACACAGGUGCGACAACAUUUUGUAGAGUCCGAGCAACAUAGUUCUGACAAAAAGAUACUGAAGAAACAACAGUGGAUAUAAUAGCAAAGGAAGGAUUAUUUAUUCUGUCAUUUGUACAGGAGAGGUGAAAAAUAGAAGGAUAAAUUUCUUGGUGCUUUACAUAUAUAUUUUUGUUGAAUCUUGAAAAUAAAGAAGCUCUAUAUAGUGGCUGUAUAUGCAAAUAUUGGGAGGUGAAAAAUGGGCAAUAAUUGAAAAGGAAAGGGGUGUAGAUUUAGUCAUAAAGAGAGCUGUUUAUAUGAUGGCAAGAAAAAAAUGUACCGUCAAACAUGUACAUUUUACUUUGAUGAACUCAGUUACAAUUUCAUUAAAUAUUUUGACAUUUUAA